AUGUCUGACUUCAAGUCCAAGGCUCUCUUCGAGCAGAUCACCGAAGGCCUCAAGGGCAUGGAUGACAAGGAGAAGAAGGACAUCCAGAAGAAGACCAACGGCUGCUUCGAAAUGCACGUCAAGAACUCCAAAGGCGAGGAGCUCGUCUGGACCAUUGACCUCAAGAAGAACGCUGAAGCUUACGAGGGCAAGGCCAAGGGAAAGGCUGAUGUCACCAUCAACCUCUCCGAUGACACCUUCAUCGACCUCGCCGACGGCAAGGUUAACGGCCAGAAGGCUUUCAUGUCCGGCAAGCUCAAGGUCAAGGGCAACAUCAUGCUCGCCACCAAACUCGACGGUGUGCUCAAGUCCCAGAAGGCCAAGCUCUAA